GAUAGGGAGUAGGAAUAGAAGAAGGAAUUGGAGAUGGUUUCAGUAAAGUAUGUUUGGUUAGUCUGUUUGCUUAUUAUGAUUGGAGUAAUUGCAGCAGGAUUUGAAGGUGCUGAAGGGGCUGGAGAAUGUGGAAGCAUCCCAGUUGAGAGGAUGGCAAUAAAGCUGGCUCCGUGCGCAUCGGCAUCGCAAAAUACUAGAGCCAAAGUGUCGGCCAGUUGCUGCGCAGAAGUCCAGAAACUCGGCAAGAAUCCGCGUUGCCUCUGCGCUGUUAUGCUCUCGAACACUGCAAAGAGUGCCGGAGUUAAGCCGGCCAUAGCCAUGACCAUUCCUAAACGUUGCAACCUUGCCAAACGCCCUGUGGGUUACAAGUGUGGUGGUUAUACAUUGCCUUGAGAAGAAGGCAAGAAGAUGCAAGUAACUGAAGACUAGAAAAUUGGCUCUGAUAUGCCAAAGUGGUUGUAUGUUGUAUUAAGGCUAUAAAUAAAGCAUGAUAUGCCUGUUUGGUCA